CGCGCCGGAAGAGAAGUGAAGGUCCUUUCCAGCCAUCUUGUGGCAUCUAGCAGCGAGAAGUUCGCACCAAGCCUCGUAGAAUCGGAGGAGAAUCCUGCUGAAGGGGCGCCAUCAUGCCCGGGCAUCUGCAAGAAGGCUUCGGCUGCGUCGUGACCAAUCGGUUCGACCAGUUAUUUGAUGAUGAAGAGGAUCCGUUCGAGGUGUUAAAGCAGGCCGAGAGCAGGAAGAAGGACGCGGCCGCUCCGGGGGCCGCCAAGACCGCGGCUCAGGCUGCCAAGCAGCCCCGGAAAGAGUCGCAGAAGGACAGGAAAGCUCCUCUCCCCGAUAAGAAGGAGGAGACCACGGCGCCUGUGCCUCUGAAGAAGGAGGGCAUGAGGAGGAUGGGCCGGCGGCCGGAGCAGCAGGCUCAGCAGGGAUCUCAGCAGCAUCAGCAGGGGGGUCAGGGCGAGGGUCGUCCCCAGCCAGAACGACGCACCGAGAGAAGGCCUCCACGCGAGCGCCGACCAGAUAAACCCGCUGAGGACAAGCCAACUGAGGGUGGAGAUUUCUCCGUGGAAAAGUCUGUUAGCGAGCGGCCGUUCCGAGGCCGUGGCGGAGGAAGAGGAGCCCGUGGAGGUCGAGGCAGAGGCAUGGGCCGCAGCGACGGAUUCGACUCGCGCGGAAAACGUGAAUUCGACAGGCACAGCGGCAGCGACCGGUCCAGCCUCAAACCAGAAGAAAAGCGAGGAGGUGGAGGAUCUCAUAACUGGGGCACCGUCAAGGACGAACUGAGUGAGCUUGACCAGUCAAAUGUCACAGAGGAGACCCCUGAGGGAGAAGAGCACCCGCCUGCUGACUCUGAGAACAAGGAGAACGAGGUUGAGGAGGUGAAGGAGGAAGGGGCUAAAGAGAUGACCCUAGACGAAUGGAAAGCCCAGCAGGACAAAGAGAGAACUAAGGUCGAGUUCAACCUUCGCAAGGCCAAUGAUGGAUCUGACUGGAAGAAAGGAUACCUGCUGCACAAGUCCAAGACCAAGGAUACUCCAUUAGAUGACUCCGCUAGCGAUCACCACUUCCGCAAGCCCGCCAAUGACAUCACGUCCCAGCUGGAGAUCAACUUCGGAGACCUGGGCCGCCCUGGACGUGGCCGCGGAGGACCUCGUGGAGGAAGAGGAGCCCGUGGGGGCGGACCUGGCAGACCGCCUCGUGAGCGCAGGACUGAUAAGUCGAGCGGUGGAUCCGCCCCCAACGUGGACGACCCGGAGGCUUUUCCAGCUCUGGCUUAAGCUCCCCGAUUGGUAGCUCUGACCAGUCUGCCACCGAGCCCUGCUUCUCCGGGCCCUUCGCUACGAGGCUUGCAUGCUAAUGGAUCCUUCAGCAGAUGAUAUGAUGGAAGACUGUCAUCCAUCCCACUCACCUCUUGUGGACUGAAUUUUACUUGUUUUAGAAAAAAGGAGAAAAUCUUACACAAAAAAAAUUUUGAAAGGACUUCUUGCUACUUGGAAGCAAAUUAUUGGUAGAGGUUUUGUAUUCAGAAAUAAAGUAGCAGGGAUGGUUUCAUACAGUUUUUUUUUUUUUUUUUCUCUUUCUUCAGACAUUGUUCUCCAUGAAUGCCUUUUGUACUGCUGCAUUUCCAGACGUGUGUUAGAUUGUGGUGCCCUUUUGGCUUGCUUUCUACUUGAGCCUUAGAUGCACUGCAAGGAAUCACUUAACUGUUAUGGUUAAAGACUUGAUCUUCAGCAGCUUCCUCUCUGAAACACUCAGUGAAGUCACAUUUGAUUUGUAGCUGAAGGCCAAAAUCUUUGAUUUGUCUACCUUCAUCGCUAAUGAUAAUCUGAAGUGCUUAAAUUUGUUUUUAAUUUUUUUUUUCUUUUACACUUGGUGAGAUUCAGUAUGUUGUAUUUGAAUGAAUUUGGUUGCUCAGAGGAUGAUGCCUUCACUCAUCCCAGCCUUUCAUAGGGUUUUUUUUUUAAUAUAAAGUUGAGUGUAUAUUGUGCAUUCCUGUUUACGUGAACCCGUAUGAGUUCGGUUCUAAUUAUUCAAAGAAAGCGGUUCACUUUUGAAUCCAUUUUUAGUUUUUCCUUCUUGCCCCAUUGCUUUUUACAUCACUACUGCAUAUUUGUUCUGAAAGAAACACCAGCUGUUCAGCGUGUAACGACAGAGUGCUAUCCAACUGUGUGAAUUCUAACCCUGCUAUUAUUCAGACCUCUGUCCAUAAUUAAAAGGUGGUCUAUUCA